UCGCCACACUAGUAAUUGCAAGUAGUAAAGCUGCGCAUAUUUCGGUUCCAUUCGGUAAAUUUGAUCAGCCUGCGGGCCCCAUUGACGAGUUGAGAAAAUUUCUCAACCUACUCGAAAAAUUUAAGAACAGGCAUCGUCUUUUGGAUAAGGAAAUUUGUUAUUCGCUGCGAGAUAGAGAAGCUAGAAAAAAGGAGAGAUUCUCCGGACUAUGCAAAGGGAGCGAAGAGCGCGCAAAGACAUUACGGAGCUAAUUUGGAGAAGAGAAAAAAAAGGGAAGGAGGGGAAAGGUCGUGGAUGAAGCGAAAUGAUUCGUUGCACGAACGAGGAGAAAGAGAAAAAGGAGAAGCGGAGAAAGAGGAGAUAGAAGCAGCAGGGUCGGCGGGGUAACAGGAGAAGACACGACGAGGAGCAAGAGAUCGCGGAAUGGAGCAAGAGUGGAGUAAUCAAUACGCAUUCACACGCGGUGGCUAGCAUCCGGUUUCCAUGGAGACCGACGCUGGCGCAUGUGCAAUUUAACCAACAUUAUAUCCUCUCGUAGAAAUUUAUUCAGACACAAUUCUGUGCCUGUACUGCACGGAACUACUAGCCAACAUUAUACAUAUACUACUACACAUGAAUCUAUGUAUCUUUGCACCAAGAGAAAUACGCGACCAUCCGAACGUUCUCUUCCAUACGAUUGUCCUCCAAUUGCAUUAAAUAUUAAAUGUUCCAAUUAAGUAUUACUUCCCAGUGAAACAAUGCACACUGUCUCGAAAAGCUUGAGCUAAACACUGCGAAUAAAAUUGUCUUAUUUAUCCCUCCAUUGCAACACCCACGAGUAAAAAACAGAAUUUUCUUCUUCGUCUCCUGUUGCGAGUUUCAGAAACAAGGUGGUGGUAUUGUACGAUUGUCCUCUUGAUGGUGGUCAUGCUGGCGUAUCGUUGCCACUGUAGAAUACAGCGAAGCGUUCGACACUCGGAUGUUCACCCCCUGGCCAAAUCAGAGGGGAUGGAGCCGUUGGAGUUGGCGGGUAACAGGGGGUGGUUUCCCUCCAGGCGCCUGCGUCGAGUCCUCGAUGACGACUCGACGAGGUAGGUGCUCGACCCGGACGCAGUACGGAAGAAACGUCGAGCACGCAGAGUGCCCGUCCUCGUGACACAUCUCACCCUUUCUUUUUCUUUUGAUCCAUGGCAACAAGAAAACGUGGCGUAGCUCGCCCGGUGAAUCACCCAGUGCAACAUUGAUCACAGUGAUUUUACAGUUCAACGAGAUCAUCGAGUUGCAUCUUGAACUCUACUGUCGUCGAGCGGUGGCUCUUCGUAAACGAAGAGAGGAGACGUUCAUCGGGCCCGAGGCAAGGGUUAUCAAUGACUCGAUGCCGCGGUCAGAUAGGAGAUACGUGCAACAUCUGAAUGGUUCUGAACGACUCGAGUGACACCUCGUACGUGGCGUAUCGGCAAAACGAUUCUUGUCAACGUUUUGCAACACAUUUGCAAACGAUUGUACAGUACACACGGUCAAUAUGUCGCGGUGAAGCAGCAGUUUAAGGAUGAACCUAGCUCUUGUGCGCGAUGUGUCCUGUGUAAAGUUGAAUACACCGUAUACGAUUGACUCUCAUCUGCUUGACUGCUCGUUGUGUUCCCACUAACUGUUUAGGAACAACAGGUUGAAAGUGGAGUUUUGUGAUAUAAUUCGACGGGGUCGCCGGGGAAACCAACGAACGCCAAGAUUUGAUUGUUCGCCUCUGGUGAACCGUUCUCUGGGCCACGUCAUCCGACAGAUUCGAAGAUCUGGCAAUUGCACGAUGCGUUUCCGGCGGAUCAAAGGUUAAUCGCCGAAGAGCAUCCCGAGAGAUGUUUUUACCACCGUCGAGGAAGGCUUAGUCGCAUUUAAUCGUCGCUUGCAUGUGGGUCACAAGUUGCAUUCGCCAAAGCUAACGGGAUAGAGGGUUUACCGAGUAGAGAGGAAGAAAAUGUGGAGCUCGGUUACUGCGGCUGGCACUGAAAAUGGGCCCGCACCACCUUCCAGAAGCAAGCACAGCGCUACUUUGCUUGCCGGGCACGUAUAUCUCCUUGGCGGGCGAAAUGGCAAUCUUCCUCUCAAAGACCUCUGGCGAUACAGCCUUGCCGACAGUAAAUGGGAGGAACUGCAUCCUGAGGGAGAGAGACCGCCGGCACUUCAGGAACACAGCGCGGUAGCUUACAAGGAUUGCCUUUACAUUUUUGGGGGAGAGCUCGGCUUUUCCGCGGGCACGGAAACGCCACUCUGGGUUUACAAUGUCAAGACUAACAUGUGGAGGAAAGUAAGAGCACAACGAGGUUGUGCGGUUCCCAGAGGUCGAAGAGGUCAUACUGCUUUAGUUCAUCGUGGUCAGAUGCUCAUUUACGGUGGUUAUCAAGAUCUACGUGGAAGCUCUCCAGAAUUGUGGGCAUUUCAUUUCGAAACGGAAUCGUGGCAUCUUCUUUCCUCCAGCGAAAGCGGGCCAGCAGCGAGACACAAACACUCGGCUGUUUUGCACGGUGAUGCCAUGUACAUUUAUGGGGGUAUGACCGACCUACAAGAAAGAAGCGAUUGUUGGCGAUGGGAUGUGAACACUGCCUCUUGGUGUUUAUUGAAGAACAAACCAGGACCAGGACCUCUUCACGGACACGCAGCCUGCAGGCUUCCUAGCUGUAUGCUAAUUUUCGGUGGAGAAAGCGGUGGUUCAGCUACGAACGAACUCUGGAGGUUUCAUUUCGGUACGGAAACGUGGGAGAAAUUAUCAGUGCCAGGUCCUAAGCCUCAGCCAAGAGCGGAAAGCGUUGCCCUAGCGGUUUCCGAACUGUUAAUUCGAGGGACCAAUAUCGAUAAUUCGAAGCCAAAGCCAAGAAACCAGAGGAUGAGACUUUGUAACAAUAGGAUAUCACCGAAUGAAGCACCAACUAGACCGAGCUUUCUUAAGGAAAUUUCUAAGUUGUCCCAAAUUAAUCUAUCACGGUUGAGUCAUCCGACAAAGUGCAGCUAUUCUGUUUUGAGCGGUCAGGAUGAUAACGAAGAAAGUCCUCAAGAGGCGAAUACGUAUUAUCCGUUUCAGCAAGUGGAUUCGGAAGUUGUCGAACCAUCGACCGGCAUGGUGAAAUCUCGGAGCGCAAACACGCUAGCCCGCAGAAGGCAGAAACCGCCGGAAACCACAUAUAAAAACGUGGACGUGAACAAUUGCAACAACGCAACCGGUGGUUCCGGCAUGACGAGAGAUCCUAUCUCGGUACCGAAUUUCCGCGCCCUGACCUUACCCACUCCAGUCCUGACACCUGUAGAAGUAGCUAGGCUCGUUUUCGUCGAUCCAGACGAAAAUAGCGACAACGAGGAACGAAAGGAGCCUCCUACCUCUAGACUGAUAGAAGUUCAAGAGGAAAGGCGGGAUUUCGCAGCCGUGCAUCAAGCCUGCCAACCAACACGGGGCGAAAGUUACAGUUCGCAUCUCUACGAAGCUGCGCUUCAAACACCGAAGACGCCGACCACGUCAAAAAUUCCUACGUCCGCGUCGGUUCGAUUUGCCGAUUUAGAAGAAGGCGAGGAGUCGACGUCAGAUUACGCGAGCAUAGAGGCCAGAAGUCCCGGUGAUCCUCUCGCAGAUGACGAUUGGCCAUCAGGACGAAAGAGCAAACAGUAUCGCCCAAUAAUUACACCGUCAACGAUACGCGAGGGUCAAUUUGGCUUCUGUAAUCCGAAUUAUCUCGGGCUGGAUGAAACCAAGAGUCAUCAUCAGCAACAACAACCACCUCAGGAUGGAAAGUACGCGAAAUUAUUGAACAGUCCACCAGACAGUGUUUUGGAGGACGAGCCAGGAAGAUCAGCCUCGCAAACGUUCGCGGAACUAUUAGAGCUUCAAGAAAUCAAAAGGGUACCAAGAGCACCGCCUAAAAGUCUACCAUUAGGUUCUCCGUCUAGAAGAGCAGUCAGUGCGUCAAGGGCUGAGAGGCAACGAGCUAAAGUUGCUGCAGCUGACAUUAACGAAACUGAAACACCAUCUUAUGGGCCAGCACCAUUGUACGUUUUUUUAGUCGGAGGGAAAGAGAAAGGUCAAGUGACGGUGUUCGCGAGACCGGUUUCUUUGUGGAAGUUACAACUAGCGCCACACAUCUUUUAAAGAUGAUGAGUACGUUUGUUGAUUUCAUUCAUUUCAGUGCAAAUAGUUCCAAAGAACUGGGUGAUCGAUCUUCUUCGGAAAACUUCCCUGUUGUUUUUUUAAAGAGCAAACAGUCGAUGAAUGCGAUUUUCUUAAUGCCAAAUAAGAACAACAGGGGAAGAAUACGAUAAGUCAAAUUUCCUAUUUUUUUAUAGGGGAACAGUUUUGGUGUAAGACUCGUUAUGGUGUCAAUUAGUCUCGUAUUGUCGAAAUUGUCUUCUUAUUUGGUCUUGGAAAUUUUAGUAUUAUCGUUCGUCGUAGUGUUGAAAUAUUGACUGUCUUAAUAAUUGAAUUAGUGGGUUAAAGAACAGUAAUAAGUCCAAAUUUUCAAGUAUGGUUUUUAAAUAAAUAGUCUCUUUUUAUUAUUGUAUUAUUUUCUUUUAAUUUUCUAACUAAAAGUACGAUGAGUCCAGAUUUUAUCUUAAUUAUAAUUAUAAUUAAUUUGUGAACUUGACUUUAUUCUUUCAAAUAUUUUAAAAUAUUCUUUUUGACUUUGUAUUGUUCUUCAACUCAACAAUUCAAUCAUAUUUUUGGCUUCCACAAAACUUCGUCGCUAUACUGACAAUUUAUAAAAAUGUUUACAUUUGUUUUAUUUAGAAUUAUCAUUUUAAAAUCUAUUUAAUUAUAAAGUAACAUCAAAAUUAAAAAAUGA